AUGCCGCCGUCGGCAUGGGCUGACCUUAUCCACAGCCGCACCCACCCCCUCCACUCAUUCUUCCUCCCCCCACCGUCUCCCCCCCCCCCCGCCCGACCCCGAUCCCCACCCGCGCCGCCGCCGCCGCCCUAUCCCGACCCUCGUCGCUGCCCCCAUCCCCCCCCCCACCGCCGCCGCCCCGCCCCCACUGCCCGCGCCGCCCCCAUCCCCUCCCCCACCGCCGCCGCGCCGCCCCCACUGCCCGCGCCGCCCCCAUCCCCUCCCCCACCGCCGCCGCACCGCCCCCACUGCCCGCGCCGCCCCAAGACCGUCGUCGACGCCGCCGGGCCGGCCCGUCCCCGGCCGCCCCAUCCUGGACUGCGCCGGCGGCCGACGCCACUGCCCCGCCCGUCGCCGCCCUUCUCCGCCCCGACCUCGCCGCCGCCCCGCCCUGCCUCUGCUUCGCCGGUGAGCCCCUUGCUGCUGCUUUGCUGCUACCGCAUCCGCUUGCUGCUUGCUACCGCCGCUGCCGCUGAUGCUUGCUGCUGCCGCUGGUUGCUGCUUCCUGCUGCUGCCGCUGCUUGCUACUUGCUGCUGCUACGUUAG